UGGUUGUGGUUUCUGUCGGUGAUGUCUCCAGAGCGUGUACCGGCUUACUGCUUCAGAACUGCAGAAGCUCAUGUUGAUGUAGCAACCUUGUAGCACCUCUAGAUUAGAUUAGAUUAGAUUAGAUUAGAUUAGUUUGAAUCACAUAGAUAGACAGAUAGAUUGAUGUUAGAUAUGUGAAAAAGAAUACUAAGAAGAUAUCCAUAUUCCAUGUGUGUUCAUUGUUGCUGUGGAAGCAAUAGUACCAUCUGAGGUGUCUGUCAUGGGACAUCUGGGAGCCACUAACUGCUGCCUGUAGCUGCUACAUCUGGACUGGGGUUGACACACUAAAGCUUCAUCUUGGCCAGUUUUCACCGAGUCAUCGUCUGACAGUCCACAUACAGGACCAGAGCACAGACUUAUCCUUUUUUGGACGAGACUACUGAUUGCUGACAAGCUGCAUAACCAAGAAUCACCACUCUGCUUCUUGCUGCUGAGGAAUCCCUGUCCAGCUUGGCAGAAACCUAGCACGUCCUAAAACUGUGGCUAAACCAGAACAAACUGGAACGCACCAUAUUCGUCCACCACAGAUUAGGAGGGAAGGUCAUCUGGGGAGUCACAAAAUCCAGGGAAACUUGAACACAUCAAACCAGGCAGGAGUGGGCCACUAUAGGACUCUGGGAUCUGACAGAUCUACCUACCUCUUUGCAUCAAGCCAGUGGACAGAGGAGAGUCCUCCUCAUCAUGUACUCCCCUCAGAGUCUGCACCGGUGGGGCAUCACUCACAGUGAGAGCAUGGAGCGGUUAGCCUACAGCCAAGCCCUGAGAGACCCCAUGGCCAUGGAACGAGCCAACCUGCUGAACAUGGCAAAGCUGAGUAUUAAAGGGCUGAUUGAGUCGGCCCUGAGCUUCGGACGAACACUGGACUCUGACUACCCGCCUCUUCAGCAGUUCUUUGUUGUCAUGGAGCACUGUCUCAAACAUGGCCUCAGAGUGAAGAAGUCUUUUCUGGGCUUUAACAAGUCUCUGUGGGGUCCUCUGGAGCUGGUGGAGAAACUCUGUCCUGAAGCAGCAGAGAUCUCAGCCUCUGUACGAGACCUGCCUGGACUCAAGACUCCUCUAGGCAGGGCCAGGGCGUGGUUGCGUCUGGCUCUCAUGCAGAAACGGCUGGCUGACUAUCUGCGACUCCUCAUCACCAGAAAAGACCUGCUCAGUGAUUUCUAUGAGAAUUCAGCACUAAUGCUGGAGGAGGAGGGAGCAGUGAUCGUGGGCCUGCUGGUGGGCCUGAAUGUCAUCGAUGCCAACCUGUGUGUCAAGGGCGAGGACCUGGACUCUCAGGUCGGGGUGAUUGACUUCUCUAUGUACUUGAAAAACGACAUUGAUGAUUACAGGAGUGAGGAGAGGAAUAGCCAAAUAGCAUCCAUUUUGGAUCAGAAGAACUAUGUGGAGGAACUGAAUCGACAACUCAACUCCACAGUCCAUGGUCUUCAGGGCAGAGUCGACUCUCUGGAAAAGUCCAACUCUAAACUCAUAGAAGAGUUAGCCAUAGCCAAGAACAACAUCAUCAAACUGCAGGAAGAGAACCAGCAGCUGAGGAGUGAGAAUAGCCUCAUUCUGUUGAAGGCACAACAACAUUUAGAGGUAACCCAAGGCGAUGUGUCAGUGGAGAGAGACACGUACAAACAGUCUCGUCAGGGUUUGGAUGAGAUGUACAACGAGGCUCGGAGACAACUGAAGGAGGAGUGUCAGCUCAGACAGGAUGUGGAGAAUGAGUUGGUGGUCCAGGUGUCAAUGAAGCAGGAAAUGGAGCUGGCCAUGAAACUUCUGGAGAAAGAUAUACACGAAAAACAGGACACGCUGAUCGGACUGAGACAGCAACUGGACGAGGUCAAAGCCAUCAAUGUAGAAAUGUACCAGAAGAUGCAGUCAUCCGAUGAGGAGAUGAAGAAGAAGAAUGAUAUGAUCAGUCGUCUGGAGGAGAAAACCAAUCAGAUCACUGCCACCAUGAAGCAGCUGGAGCAAAGAUUACAGGAGGCAGAGAGGCACCGCAGCUCGGCCGAGGAGGGAACCAGACGCUUCAAGUUGGACUUUGCCAACAAGGCCGACAGCCUGCAGCGGCAGAUUGAACACAGAGAAAAGCAACUCCAGCAGCUGGAGACAGACCUGAAGAUUGAGAGGGAGUGGAGGCAGACGUUACAAAAUGACCUGGACAGAGAGAGGGAGACGGUGGCUCAGCUCAGCACAGAGGCGCUGCAGAUCAACGGGCUGAAAAAGGAGUUCCAUCAUCUCCAGGAUGAAAACAUUCAGCUGAAGACCAUCUGUGAAGACCAAGAAAGAGCUCUGGAGGAACUAGGCUCCAAACUGAGCGAAUCCAAAAUGAAGAUUGAGGACAUUAAAGAAGCCAACAAAGCUCUUCAGGGGGGUCAGGUUUGGCUGAAGGACAAGGAAGCCAGCCACUGCAAACUUUGUGAGAAGGAGUUUUCCAUCUCAAGACGAAAGCAUCACUGUAGGAACUGUGGGGAGAUUUUCUGUAACAGCUGCUCUGACAAUGAGCUUCCUCUGCCUGCCUCACCAAAACCAGUCAGAGUCUGUGACACCUGCCACGCCCUCCUCCUCCAGCGAUGCUCCUCCAAUCCAACGUGAGGGAGUCUCACGCUGUUGACAGGACUGCUUCAAACUAUCAGAGAUUACACUCAUAAACCCCACCACCACCACCACCCCUCCACUCCUCCAAAAGAUCCAUCUUCUAACUUACCUGAACAGUGUUUGCUGCUAGGAAUGGACCCUGUGCAUGAAUGUGAAGGCCAUUUGAUCAGCCAAUUUACAUGUAGACGAUGGAGGUAUGUCAAAAACACAGACACUUCAGAGUCAUUUAUCUUUCAGGCCCAUCUUUGUUUGACGUCACUACUUUGUCUGCACACAAUUUGCUCAAUCAGUUCAAGAUACAGGCCAAGAUUUCUUAUGUGAUAACAGUCGAGUUGGAAACAGUAAGAAUCCUUGGUCUGCUUCAGGAUCAUAAACAAUCAUGACAUCUAUCAAAUCAGUUUCACUAAAUAUGAAUCAGUUACAAAGAUGGAACCAUUUAUUUGCAGUUAAUUUAGAGAUCAGUCACCCUGACAGAGAGAGUACAAAUUGCCUUUGGCACAAUCCAAGUGUUGCACUGGCGUGGCUAAGGGAGCACAAAAAAGCCACGCAUGACAGCUGCACUUUCCAAAACUCAGUAUGUGCUCAAUACAGUACAACAAAGUUAAAACAUUAUAAAGGAAGCUGGUGGUCACGUUAAAAAAAGGAGGAACAACUUUAAAAUGAACUGAAAAUGAAACUGCACUGACUGUGAUGAGCACUGCUGCAGCUUCUUUCAGUCAAACCUACAGACUUAUGUGGUACUGCAUUAUAAUAAUGUAUGCAUCAAGCCUCGAACUGUAAACAGUGAGUGUAUAGCCAAACAGAUGAGAUUAUGUAACUUAUACAUACAGUAUGGUGGCCUUGUUACUGUUGAAUCUGACUCCAAAGCACCACCCUUUUAAGGUGGAGUGACACAAACUGUUAGGCAGCAUUAACACAGGCAUAAACGACUGGCUCAACUUGACAGGUUCAAUCCAACUUUACUAGAUACUGAACUGAAAUAUAAACAGGAUUUAUUCUGUUUAGUUUAGAGAAAAACUGUGCCACAAAAUGAAAUUUCUCAUUUUCCAUGUUCUAAGUGCUUUAAAGUCCUGCUGGUCAGAUCUUUACCCUCAAAAUAAUCUGUUUACAGUCAGAUGAACUCAUUUCAAACAGGUUUAACUCUGCUGACACACAAUAACGAGACUAGUUCCCCCUGGGGCUUUCAAAGGAACUGAAAACAUUUUUUUCUUUAACAGCGUUGGUGUCAUUUGUGCCUGUGCUAAUGCGAUGAAUAUCAUCUACAUGUGCUUCUCAUGUUGCCAAAAUAAGCCCUGUAUUUCUAUAGAGAGGAUUUCUGUAGAGACAAUAAACAGCCUAAAAUAAAACGGCCCAGAAUAUUUCAAAGUAGCAACACUAGCGUAUACUAGCCAAGCAAGCAGUCUAGAUUAAAGGCACAUUUCAAUGCUUUGUUUGGGACACUAAUGCAGUGGAUGCUGCUUUAAGGACCAAGAGUAGCAACAGAUGCCAUCAUUACAUCUGUGGUAACUGAUUUAAAUCAAAGUCAGUCUGUCUGACUGGCUCUUUUGUUGAUGAACCACUGAUGGCUAGCUCACAACAUGACCACUUCACUGACUAGUUAGUGGUCAUUUAAGAACAGACUUGAGUGUUACAUGCUUCUGACAACGUAGCCACAAAAUGUUUGCACACUUUCCAAUCCUGUUAUAUAGAUUAAUUUGAAAGUUUUUAGAUUUGAUUUGGUGUUUUAUGCACAUUAAUUUUUACUUUCAGAAGUUCAGGGAACUUGUUUGAGCUUUCCCUGUUCACUUGAAGUUGAGUCAGAUGGAGACAUGGAAGAACCACAUUUUACUGCUGCUCCAUUCCUGAGUGGGAAAGUUUGAAACUCUAAACCCUUUUUGUUCCCUUUUCUUAAAUUAAGGUUGAGACGUGUGUUGUGUUGUCAAACUAAUGCUGAUGACACACUCUUCAGUGACAGGUUAUGAUACAAGUUCCACUGCACAUUCUGGUUUUGUAUUUAUAUACAAUGUUUACAACCUGUGAUUUUUCAAGAACUGGAAGUAUUCAUUCCCAUGUAGAGAUAAAACAGGCCUGGGUUCAUUUCAAGAAACAUUUUUCUUGUUUCAAAUAUUUAUAAACUGUCACAAAUUUAUCAUAUAAUCAUUAAGUAUAUACAGGUAAAUGUUUCUGAACUACACCCCAGCCUGAGACACUUUAUACAGUGUUGCUCUUACAAACCUCUCAGCUUUCAGUGGGAGUUGUACAGUGUUGAUACAACUGUAUAUUCUAUAAUGUUGAUAAUCACUGUGGCCCUUUAGCUUACUAAAUCCUGCCAGUUUAAUAUCAGCUCUAUUGCCAACAGUGUGUUGCCUUGACGGUGUAACAGAUUCUGAUUAAAUCGAGUUACAGACAGAA